AGACAGCAAUCGCCUCUACUGCUGGCUGUAACAUCACACUCUAGCGAUAUUACUGUGUCGGAGUGUGACCAUCACCCUGGGACCACCAUGUGCGCUCGAUUCGCUGUGUUCUUUGCGGCCGUCUGCCUCGUCGUCGACGCCUCUCCGAUGGUGCCUCCGGCACUCCAGGAGGGGGAGCCGUCCUCCAGCUGCCCAUCUUGCGCUCUUUCUCAAAUGAGGAAUAAUUUUUCUUCGCUCGAAGGUCAGAGUGACAUGGUGGAGGCGGUGAAGCGUCACAUCCUCAACAUGUUGCACCUGAGCGCCCGUCCCAACCUGACGCAGCCGGUUCCUCGCGCCGCGCUGCUCAACGCCAUUAAGAAGCUGCACGUGGGCCGCGUGGCCGAAGACGGCAGCGUGGAGAUCCAGGAGGAGAGCCCGAGCCAGGAGGACGCCACGCCGCCUGAGCCACCAUCUGAAAUAAUCACCUUUGGACAACCAGGAGAUUCUCCAAACAUGGUGACCUUUGACAUUUCUAAGGACGACGAAGGCUCCGCCGUGGUGGAUCAGGCCAGCGUCUGGAUCUUCCUGAAGCUAUCAAAGGUGAACCGAUCGAAGGGCAAAGUGAUGCUGCGGCUCCUGCAGCCUCGCGAAGGCGAGGACGAGGAGUGCGUGUCCGAGAAGCUGGUGGACGUCCGUCGCAGCGGCUGGCACACCCUCGCCGUCCCGCACAGCGUCCAGGCGCUGCUGGAUGAGGGCAGCAGCUCGCUGAGCCUGCGGGUUUCCUGUCCGCUGUGCGCCGAGGCCGGCGCCUUUCCCGUCCUGUCGCCUCCCGAAGGCAAACGGGCCACCGAGAGAGACCAGUCUCACCGGCCGUUCCUCAUGGUGAUGCUGCGAGCUCGAGAGGAGCCGCUGCAGCGGCGGGUCAAGCGGGGCCUGGAGUGCGACGGGAAGAUCCGCAUCUGCUGCAAACGACAGUUUUACGUCAACUUCAAGGACAUCGGCUGGAGCGACUGGAUUAUCGCUCCGUCCGGCUACCACGCCAACUACUGCGAGGGCGACUGCCCCAACCACAUGGCGAGCCUCGGCAGCUCGUCCCUGUCGUUCCACUCGACGGUCAUCAACCACUACCGCAUGAGAGGCUACAGUCCGUUUCAGAACAUCAAGUCGUGCUGCGUGCCCACGAGGCUGAGGGCCAUGUCGAUGCUCUACUACAACGAGGAGCAGAAGAUCAUCAAGAAGGACAUCCAGAACAUGAUCGUGGAGGAGUGCGGCUGCUCGUAAGCACGUGCGCUCCCCACACGAACACGAAGCCUCCUCUGACAGCCUGCCCCCUGCAGGACAUUCUGAUCAGCUCCUUCCCAGUGAAGACAAAGGGCCUUAUUUUAACUAUUUAAAGCGCACGAACUGAAGCUCAGGUCCAAGUCCAUUAUCUUAACAGCAGACACACUGAGCAUGAAAAGUGACUUGAGAUUGAAAAAGUGGGAGGGAUUGUAAUCAGUCUUUAUC